AUGGCGUCCGCACAAGAUCAAGAGCUUCUGCCAGACCAGACUGAGGGGUUCAAGGUGGGGGAGAAGAAGACCAUGGAUGAGUAUCAUAAGUUGGACGCCGACGAUGAAGCCAUGCAACGCUACAAGCAAUCCCUUGGGCUCGGGGGCUCAGGCAAAGAUCUCUCUGACCCAAACGACCCACGCCACUGUAUCAUCCUCUCCCUGACCAUGGACUCUGAAGGCCGUCCCCCAGUCACCAUCGACCUCGCUUCUUCCGGCUCCGAAAAGACGCUCAAAGAUAAACCGUUCAAGAUCAAGGAGGGAGUGAAGUUUAGCAUGACGGCGAAGUUUAAGGUGCAGCAUGAUGUUCUGAGUGGGUUGCAGUAUGUACAGGUGGUGAAGAGGAAGGGGAUUAGAGUUAGCAAGGACCAGGAAAUGAUUGGUUCUUAUGCGCCUAAUACCGACCAAACUCCUAUCUACACUAAACAAUUUGCCGAAGAAGACGCUCCAUCCGGGAUGCUAGCUCGAGGACAUUACACUGCUACAUCUUCAUUUGUCGACGACGACAAGAAACGACACUUGGAGUUUGAAUGGUCUUUUGAUAUCGCCAAAGACUGGUAA